AUGGAUGGGUUACAGUUCGGCGACUCCGACUCCUCCUCCUCCGACUUCGACGAGGACCCCUCCGGCCUCCCCUUCCCAGAGCCGCUCUCCCGUACCUCGUUCCUGGCCCCUGACUUCGACCCAGCCACCUUCCUCGCUUCAUUAACAAACCGCCACCAGAGUCUCGAGGACCUGCGACAAGAACUGCGCGGGCUCGAACAAUCUCUAAACAAAGAGCUGUUAGAUCUGGUCAAUGAGAACUACCAGGACUUCCUCUCACUAGGCACCGCGCUGCGCGGCGGCGAAGAAAAAGUCGAAGGCGUAAAAGUUGGCGUACUGUCUUUCCAGCGUGAUGUCACGGCCAUUCGAGAUAAGGUGGAGGCGCGACGCAAGGAAGUGGAAGAGCUAUUGAAUGAGAAACGGCGGCUACGGACGAAUGCCGACAUUGGCAAGGAGCUGCUGGACUAUGCGGACCGUGUCGAGGAAUUGGAGCACCGGUUGAUGAUAGCGGACAAGUCAUCGCCGCAGGAAGGGGUCACACCAUAUGAUUCGGACACGGAGUCUGAUUUGUAUAGCGGCGAGAGCGACGAUAGCGAUGACGAUGAGUUGGCGGAUGGGUCGUCUGGGAUUUCGCUGAAAAGGAUGAAACGACAUGCGCAGAAGUUUGUCUAUUUGACCUCGAUAGCUGCCCGGGUCGGCGAGAAGCAUCCCUUUCUGGUUGCGCAGCAGCCGCGAGUCGCGAAGAUCAAGUCGACCGUGCUGCUGGAUCUCAAGAAUGCCUUGGAGCAGGCUACUGCGGCAGGUGCUAAGCAGGGAAACCGCGAUGGGAGGACCAUGGCAAUUCUGCGCCUCUACGAUCUGAUGGGUGAGGAUGUCAGUGCUGUCGCUGCGCUGAAGAACCUCAAGCUGUAG